GGUACGCUCAUCUGCGAGUCGGUACUGAAACACGUAACAAAGGACGAGAGUUCCGCAAUGAAAGAAGGAUGUUGUGGUGCAGACCAGAAAGCUCCGAUAAGCUUAUUGGGGAGUACCUUGGCACUGGACCCAUAGUCAGAAACAAAAUGAUAAAAAACUGGGGUGUCAUUGGUGGGAUAGCUGCUGCGAUUGCAGCUGGAGUUUAUGUUUUGUGGGGCCCGAUAACUGACAGGAGGAAGAGAAAAGAGGUGAGUAUGGUUCCUGGUCUGUUGAACUUGGGCAACACCUGCUUCCUGAACUCUCUGCUUCAGGGUCUGGCAGCAUGCCCGUCCUUCAUCCGGUGGCUGGAGAAGUUCUGUAGUUCACCUGUGAUCCAAUCAUGUGAAGACAACCAGCUGUCCUCAACGCUACUUCAGCUUCUCAAAGCUCUCUCCAGUGAUGAGCCUGGGGAGGAAGAUGUGCUUGAUGCUGGAUGCCUCCUUGAUGUCCUCAGACUGUACCGGUGGCACAUCAGUUCUUUUGAAGAGCAGGAUGCACACGAGCUGUUUCAUGUCCUAACAUCUUCUCUGGAGGAGGAGCGGGAUCGACAACCCAAAGUCACUCACCUGUUUGACAUGCAGUCCCUUGAGAGUCUCCCUGAUCAAGAUUUGAAAACAAUGACCUGCAGAAGUCGAGCCCCUCUUCAUCCAAUACCAGGUUCAUGGAAGUUGCAGCAUCCUUUUCAUGGUCGAUUAACAAGCAACAUGUCAUGCAAGCGCUGCGAACAACAAAGUCCUGUGAGGUACGACUCAUUUGAGAGUCUUUCCCUGUCUAUCCCUAUACCUCAGUGGGGUCGCCCUAUCUCUCUAGAUCAUUGUCUCCAGCAUUUAAUCUCCUCAGAAACCAUCAAAGAGGUGGAGUGUGAAAACUGCACAAAGCUUCAACAAGGGACCACAGUAAACGGGCCAGUUCUGGAAAACCAGAGGACCACAUUUGUUAAACAGCUAAACUGGGAAAACUUCCCCAGUGCCGUCUGCAUCCAUUUACAAAGACUGCCGUGGUCCAGUGAAGGAACCCCCAUCAAAAGACAGGAGCAUGUGCAGUUCACAGAGCAUCUAUUGAUGGAUCGCUACAAACACAAUGCUUCCACACAGAAAAUUCAGACUCAAUGUGCUCCAAAGCCCGUGAACACAGAAACCUUGGACAAUUCCAAUGAAAAGCCCACAGCCAAUGGACUGGUGUUGUUGGUUGGGUUUUGUUUUACAGAUGCAGAGCAUUGCAACAACAACAAACCUUUUACGAAUGGAACUUGUUCGUCUGUACUCCUUCACUCGCCUGGUGUGAACCCACAGCUCGGCCUAACAUUUGACUACAGUUCUACAGAGUACCUCUUCAAGCUCACAGCUGUGCUGGUUCACCAUGGUGACAUGCACUCAGGACAUUUCGUAACAUACCGCCGCAGCCCAUCCUCGCCCCGCAGCUCCUCACCCUUCAGCUCUCAGUGGCUGUGGAUGUCAGACGACUCUGUACGGAAAGCUACCCUCCAUGAGGUGCUGUCCUCCAACGCUUACAUGCUCUUUUACGAGAGGGUGCGAAGACUGAACCUCCCUCUCUGCUCAGAGGAGUGACCGGAUGCUUAGGACCUCACAGCCUGGCUGACUUCUGCCUUUUCCAGUGACCGUGCAGUUACCAACAGGUGGACAGUCACUUCAUAACAAUGAGAACAAAGAGGAAAUCCAUCCUUGUGUUACUAUAUGGAUAAGUAUGUGUCAUUGAUCUCAGCAACAUGAUGAAAGUUGGAGUUGCAGCCUUUUGCCUCUUGCCACUGAUCCAGAGCUGACAGCUCUCAACCCAAAGAUGAUUGAUCAGCAGGAUUUUUACUCAGAUAUUUGUUUAUAGUUUAUCAUGAACAGUUUCUAUCAUGUACCAUUUUGGCUUUUGAGGAACAAAAAAACAGGAACACAGAAACACUGGCUCUAGAGCAAUGUUAAUUUUGUCAACGAAAAUGAUGAUAAGUAUUAGUUGACGUACUUAUUUUUCAUGACUUCAUGGAGGACAAUAAGAUAAAUGGUGAAUUAGCUGAAAAUGAUAGCUGUGGUGAAAUCUCAGUUCAUAAAACCCUGAUUGUAAAUGACCACACUAAACAGUAGUCUCUGUUGGGCGGACUAAGAAA